AACGUGAAAUUGGUGAAAGCAUAUAUAAUAUCAACUUAUUUGACUGCAAAUGUGUAAUGUUAAUCAAAAUAAUCAAAUCUUAUUAGUUGUUAAGUUUUUUAACUCGUGUAUAAGUAAUUGCUCAACAGUGUUAUUAGAAAUUUAAAAAAAAUGGAAAAGUCUAUUCAAACAGUAGGAUUCAAAAUAACAUUAACGUCAGAUCCAAAACUACCAUUUAAAAUACUUAAAGUACCAGAAGCCGCUCCAUUCACUGCAGUUUUAAAAUUUGCAGCUGAAGAGUUCAAAGUAUCAGCCGAAACAUCAGCUAUCAUCACAGAUGAUGGGAUUGGUAUAAACCCUCAACAAACUGCAGGUGUUGUUUUUCUAAAACAUGGAACAGACCUAAGACUUAUACCAAGAGAUAGAGUUGGUUUUAACAAAUAUUAAUAUGUAAUCUAAUAUUAAAUUUUAAAAUAUCUGUUUGUAUUAUUUUAAGCAUUUUUUUUAAUAUACAUACCUUAGAAUAUAAUGUGAAAUAAUCCCAUUCAACACGCUAACAAUUGUUGUUUAGCUUAUUCUUAAAAGACAUCCUGAUGUUGUAUUCAUUCUAAAUAUUAAAUAUAAUAUAUCCAUUAAUAAAAUAUUUAAUAUACA